AUGUACUUUAUCCAUGUCUGCUCCCUCAUGGAGUCGGGCAUCCUGCUAUCCAUGGCUUUUGAUUGUUAUGUGGCCAUCUCUAACCCCCUCCGGUAUACAGCUAUCCUGACCAAUUCCACCAUUAUGAAAAUUGGUUUGGGAAUCCUGGUUCGGGCUGUCUCAGCAAUCUUCCCAGCACCAUGGCUCAUUAAACAGAUUAAAUUUUAUAAGGCCAAUGUCCUUUCCCACUCCUAUUGCCUGCACCCAGACAUCAUUAAACUCUCUUGUUCUGACAAUAGGAUCAGCAGCAUCACUGGUCUCACUGUCAUCAUUUUUACCUUUGGUAUGGACUCUCUGCUCAUCCUUCUUUCCUACCUAAAGAUCUUCAUCAUGGUGCUGGACAUUGCCUCUCAUGAGGAGCAGCUCAAGUCUCUCAAUACCUGUGUCUCCCAUAUCUGUGCUGUCUUGCUGGUCUACAUCCCCAUGCUGGGUGUAUCCAUCAUCCACCGCUUUGGGAAGUAUGUCCCUCCUGUGAUUCACAUCAUUAUGGGUUAUGUCUACUUGCUGAUUCCCCCUGUUCUCAACCCCAUUGUCUACUGUAUCAAAAACCAUGAGAUUCGCACUCAUGUCCUUAGACUCUUUCAGCCAAAAUAG